AUUCAACAUAUCCUUUCUUAGAGAGUAUGUAAAUUAUUUGCUGUAUUUUAAUAACUCCUGGCAAACAUGAGCAUGAGAUUGAAAUCUGGAAGAAUUUCGAAGAUUCAAAGAGAAAUUGAUCAAGUGAAAUUCAAGAUUGACGAUCUUUGUGAAAAUGAAUUGCCAUCUCUUGGUCCAGCUUCACCUGACAGAUUAAAUGUUUACAAAAGAGCUAGUUAUUUAAAAGAAGAUUUACUAUCAUUAAGUGCGAAAUUAGAAGAGCUUUCUGUGACUAAUGAAAAAGUACCUACACAAGUAUUUGAAGAACAAAAAAGACAAGAAACAAAACGUGUUAAUAAUCUGCAGAAAAAAUUGAAUACAAUAACUGAUCAACUCGAACCUGAUGAUGUAGAGGAAGAUUAUUUUAAGAAAUUUGAUGUAAUGGAGAAACAAAAAUCAAUUUUAAAAACACCAGAUAAACUGAUUGAUGAAAACAUGAUAUUCAAAGAAGUAAAAAUGCAACAUGAGGAUGCUGGUAAGGAUGAAGAUGACUUUGUUACUGAGGAUGAUGAUGACGAUGACGAUGAUGAUGAUGAAGAAUAUGAAGAUGACGAAGACAGGGAUGAUGAAGAAGAGAGUCUAGAAGAUAAAGAUAAUGAUGAUGAAGAGGAUGACGAAGAUGAUGAAGAAGUUGUUCACACUGUUGAAGCUCUCACUAAUUUCAAAGCUGAGCAGGAUGGUGAUCUUUCAUUUAAAACGCAUGACGUUAUCCAAAUUGUGGACGCAAGUGAAGAUGGUUGGUGGACUGGGAUAGAUAAACAUGGUAAUAGAGGACUGGUACCAAGCACUCUUGUCAAGAUUAUUGAGAGGAAAGUAAAAGACAAACCGCCAUUAGAAAAGAAAAGAAGUGGUAAAGAAUUGUGGGAAGCUUUAAAAGACGCGCCUUCUAAGCCCAGUGUAACAGAUGUCCUUCAAGCUAUGAAAGCUGUACCUUCAGGAUUUCGUAGCCCAACUCUUGGAGCAUGGUACCAGAAAGAAGACUAUCGAGCAUCGUCGUGGAUCAUCCCAAAAACCAGCCAAUCAAAUUUGCAGUUUAAAGAUUUAUUUUGGGACAGUAUCAAUAGGAAGCUACGAAGCAACUCGGUUAAAGUGUGUCGUACAUUUUCUUUGGUGGGCGUGAAAUGUGUACCGCCAGUGGGAGCAGGAAUGGAAGUUUUAAGUCGUCAAGUAUACAUCUCUUUGUGGGAUGAAGAGAAGAUCAUCAGCAACAUUCAUUUAGUAAAAGCUAUCCUCAUGGAAAAAGACCAAAGUUGGACUUUUACACCAAAAAUAGGAAAGAACAUACCAAGUUUAUAUCAUGGAGAAUUUAUUGCACGUAUAAAUAAUGAUAAUCGCAAGCUUGGGUUAUUGUUUGAGCUGAAUUACACAUACAAGAGAACGUCUACUGGGGAAGUGAGUGACAUCUGUUGUGGAUGGACAUCCGUACCAUUAUUUGACGCAAAUGGAAACCCAGUUGGUAAUAAAAAUUUUGAAGUGAAACUUAGCGGUGGUACUCCAUUUGAAAAGGGAAUUAUACUUGAUCCCAACCUCGACUUGAACACAAGUCAAUCACUGAUGCAGUCGUUAAUACGAACCAAUCGUCAACCAAGACUACAAAUAAGAUCUACUGGUUAUAAUAAGCUCACUAAGGAACAAUACGACAUGUUGCCAGAUACUUUGAUCACGUGUCAACAAUACGCGCGUUUUAUUGGUUUUUAUCGACAGCAUGCUGCAAUGACUUUCUGUCGCGAAGACGAUAUACCAUCAGAUCUGCGCUGCGAUGAAAUUUUAUCAACUUUUCCAAGGGUGAUGAAUUAUCCAGACUUGAUGGAUGCGUUGAAUCUUGUCUGGAAUGAAAAGACGAGGACUAAUUUAAGCAGGUCACAAAGGCGCAACGUAGCUCAUCUUCAAACAUUAUUCAAAGAAAGUUUUGUAGAGAGUGCGUUCAGUUUAAUGCAGUGUUCACAUUUACCUUCAUUUCAGUGGGCGAACGAACCCGCAGAAAUGGCACGAAGUUCGUUUAUUUCUACAUUCCUUCAACAAAAGAAUGUUUUAGGUGGCCUGCUAUCUCCCGAUUAUCGCUUUAAGCCCCUCAAUGUCAACAAACUUGCUUUUAAUGUCGUAUCUAAACGCAGUGCUUUACCUGCACCAAUAAUUCGAGAUGUGGAACGCACGUGACACAAAUGUUAAUAGUAGCUUCACUUACCUUGGAUGAUCAAGUGAAAUUCGAAAAAUUUGGAUGAUCAAGUGAAAUUCGAAAAAUUUGGAUGAUCAAGUGAAAUUCAAAAAAUUUGAAUGAUCAAGUGAAAUUCUAAAAAUUUGAAUGAUCAAGUGAAAUUCGAAAAAUUUGAAUGAUCAAGUGAAAUUCGAAAAUUUGGAUGAUCAAGUGAAAUUCGAAAAAUUUGAAUGAUCAAGUGAAAUUCGAAAAAUUUGGGAAGAAUGUUUGGUAGCAGUAGUUUAUAUUUUAUAAAUAUUUUUAAUGUUUCUCCGAGGUCGUAGCGUGCACU